AUGAAUGUGCUAUGUUGGAACUGCCGUGGGCUUGGGAACCCUCAGACAGUUCAGUCGCUUCAGUUUUUAUUGAAGACGGAAGCUCCUGGGCUGGUUUUUCUUAUGGAGACCAAGCUCGAUUCGAAACGUAUGGAUGGGAUUCGGAGAAAACUUGGACUGGUUGGUGGUUUUUAUGUCAAUCGGGUAGGAUUAGCGGGCGGCCUCGCGUUGUUAUGGCCUGCGGGAAUCCAAGUUAAUGUGCAAAGUUAUUCGGUUGGCCAUAUCGAUGCCUUUGUGGAAGCUGGAUUGGGUGAUCACACGUGGAGAUUUACGGGGUUUUAUGGAAAUCCUGACACGUUGCUAAGGAAGGAUUCCUGGGCUUUAUUGCGACGGUUGGCAGGGUGCUUCCAGAUGCCUUGGCUCUGUGCGGGUGAUUUUAAUGAAAUUUUGUUCUGUCGAGAGAAACUUGGAGUGCUGGGUCGAAGUCAAAUUCAAUUGGACAAUUUUCGACAUGCUCUUGAAGAUACUCACCUUGCUGAUAUGGGUUUUAAUGGGCCUUUAUUCACUUGGUCAAAUAAUCGAGUUGGUGCGGCUUUGGUUCGAGAGAGGUUAGAUCGUGGGUUAGCAAACGAUGCUUGGCAAGGACUAUUUCCCCAGGCAAAGGUCUAUCCUCUAGCUUGCACAUCCUCAGAUCAUUUACCUCUCUGUAUUGACCUCUGUGGGGAUAAGGCUCAAUGUGAGAUUCGUCGGGAUAAACAUCGCAUUUAUCGUUUUGAGGCUAUGUGGUUACGGAAUGCAAACUGUGAGCAAGUGGUCACUGAAAAUUGGGGGCCUUCUUCUACUACGGAUGUUAAGGGCUUGGUUUCUAAUAUUUCCCGAGUGAGCUCUUCGUUGAGACAGUGGGACCGAAAUGUAUUUGGGUGUGUGAAGAAGCAGUUGACGGAAAAAACUAACCACCUCCACCGGUUGCUUACAAGGUGUGGUCUUUCUUUGGCUGAAGCAGAAGAAGAGCGUACAUUGCGGUGUGAAAUUGAUGAGCUUUUUAGAACGAGAAUCUAUUUUUUGGGGUCAGCGUGCUCGAGCCAAUUGGUUAAAGGAUGGCGACCGUAA